AUGAGGAUUGUUACUCGUUGUUUAUCAGAUAAAGCAGCAAGGUUUGUACCAAAGACUGGCGUUUAUCCUAAAGGGUAUGUUGUUGGAGGUAUACAUUGUGGGGUUAAAAAGAAUCAAGAGAGUUUGGAUUUAGCACUUUUACACAACACAUUUGCUGAACAAGAGGCUUCUGCGGCAGCGGUUUUUACGACUAAUAAGUUCAAAGCUGCUCCUGUGCAAGUAUCGCAAAGGAUACUCAAAGAAAGCAAGGGGUUUGGAAUUAAUUCAAUAGUGGUCAAUAGUGGUAACGCCAAUGCUGUAACUGGUUUACAAGGUAUCAAAGAUGCUGAAGAUAUGGUACUUGUAACCGACUCGGUCCUCGAAAGCAAAUCAAGUAGCACCCUCGUUAUGUCGACGGGUGUCAUUGGGAACAAGUUGCCAAUUGACAAUAUACUAUCAGGUAUACCUAAACUCGCUUUGAACCAUCUUGGAAACACACACCAGCACUGGAUAGAUUGUGCAAAAGCAAUCUGUACCACUGACACUUUCCCAAAACUAAUCACAAAACAGUUCAAACUCAAUGAGGAUACUUAUACAUUAGCGGGUUUGUGCAAAGGUGCUGGUAUGAUUUGUCCAAAUAUGGCUACAUUGUUGGGAUUCUUUGUUACAGAUACACCCGUGACACCUUCAGCAUUGCAGCAGAUUUUAAAAUAUGCUGUUGACAGAUCAUUCAACAGUAUUAGCGUUGAUGGAGAUAUGUCUACAAAUGACACUAUAGCGGCUAUUGCCAACGGAGCAGCGGGUGGUGAAGUAAUUGACCUCAACGCGUCAUGUGGCGAAAGGUAUGCCGCUUUGCAAAAGGAAAUCACAUCUUUUGCCCAAGAGUUGGCCCAACUAGUUGUGAGAGACGGAGAAGGUGCAACUAAGUUUAUAACCAUUCGUGUCAAGGACGGCUUGUCACAUAAGGAUGCGAAAUCAAUUGCUUCGAGUGUGGCCAACUCUCUGCUAUUCAAAACCGCAAUGUACGGUAAGGAUGCAAAUUGGGGACGUAUAUUGUGUGCAAUUGGCUAUGCAGAUGUCACCAAUGGGAACAACUCCGUCAUUCCUUCAAAAACAAGUGUUAAAUUCAUCCCAAUUGAUGGAAGUCUGCCAUUGCAGUUGCUCACAAACGGCGAGCCUGAAAAAGUAGAUGAGGAGAGGGCGUCUGAAAUUUUACAAGACGAGGAUCUUAUUGUUGAAAUUGAUUUGGGCACUGGCGGAGGGCAAAGUGCAGAUUUCUGGACUUGUGACUUAUCUCAUGAGUAUAUUACCAUUAACGGUGAUUAUAGAUCUUGA